AUGCCUGCUGUACAUCACGACGUGUACUUGCCCGGACAUUGCAUUCGUAGUAAACUUUCUCGUUUUCUCAAUAAUUCUAGGCUUCAGCAUUGGAGCGCUGCUAUACGUGUUCUACGCUACUUUAAGACGACCCACCAGCAUGGGAUCAUCCACAAAAGUGGUACUAGCAGCGUCUCAGCUGAAGCCUACUCGGAUGCGGAAUGGGGAUAUAAUCUCGACGACAGGCGUUCUGUCUCGGGUGUUAUGAUCAUGAUUGGAAACUCUCCCGUGGUGUUCAAGUCUAAGUUUCAACGAACAAUUGCCCUCAGCUCAGCGGAAGCUGGGUAUAUGGCUCUAAAGCCUAUGCGUUUAGGAAGUACUGUGGACGCGUGCGAUGCUGACGGACAUGGGAAUGGUACAAAGGAACGCUACUAUGAUCUGACGAUCAAAGCCGGAACAGUUGCUCUAGCGUAUGUAGACACCAAACGUCAGUUGGCCGACAUACUGACCAAGGCUCUAGGACCCAAGACGUUCAAGUUCCUGCGCGAUGCGAAUGGUAUCCAGUGCAAGGUCACCAAGCAGUUGCGGUGA